AUGAUCGGGCUUAGCCUAUUUGUUCUCAGUGCACUGUUAUUACUACUGUCUGCAGAUACCUCUUCCGCCCUCGGCCAUCCAGCAGAAUCAGCAGCGUUCUCUUUAUUUUGCUCCGGAAUCGUCCUUUUGGUUGCUGGCUUCCUCGUCCCGUCAUUUUUAGGUCGCCGAAAGGACCCAGGGCAAUGGGAAUAUAUUCCGCUCUCGAAUUCUCGGGCCCAGUCUUCGACGUCCGUGCCCUUGGACGCAUUUGACAAAUUAGAAACUUUGAAAAAGGCAAAGAUACGGAAACUAUUGCUCAGUAUUGCCUUAGCAAUAUUUAUUCUCUGCCUACGCGUUGAGCUUUAUCGCCAAUCUGUGAGACGCUCGUAUUGUGCGUCAUUCAACGUUUCGGCCUUUAUUCCCCUUAUUUUGGCUGUGUACGAAUUUUUGAUCAGUCGGAGGAAAUCUAGUUCGAAAUCUCCAGAUUCGGUUCCAAAGUAUUUUACUUCCAUACUUUCUACGUUGGUCCUGGCCAUAGCCGGCCUUUUAACUACAUCACUGAAGGAUGGCUGGCGCGGCACCUUCAUUUGCCCCAUCAUUGGGUCCAACUCGAAGAUUACGCUGUCUUUCCAAGUGUUGGGAUCCGUUUUUGAUGCCGUCCUGAUUCUGUUGAUGGCACGUUUGACAGACUAUGCCGGUCCAAGGGAUGGGACAAUAAUAGUGUGGAAAACAUCAACUCUCUGGGGAUUUGUGCUUUUAGGCUCAGCCAUUAUUUGGUUUGCCAUAGAAAUACUACUACUCAGUGUACCCAUUGGAGAUCGGCUUUGGGUGCUGUCUCCCUUGCCUUCUUAUUUUGAUGCACUAAAACAAAGCGCUCUUUUUGCUAUGUUCUGUCUUUCAGCGUCUAAGGCGGUAUUUGAUGCUACGGUUUUAACUUUAACUUUUGUGUUUACUUCUCUUCUCACAUACUAUUCCCUAUUUUCAUGUGUUUGGACUUCCUUCUCAGCUUUCCCUGCAUUGGAUAUUGCAAAAACCGCUCUUGUGUCAAUUCUGCUACAUAUUACCGGAUACAUAUAUCUGCGAUCUAGCUCAUCCCCUGAUAUAGAUGGAAAACGCGGCCUACGGCCUAACGGAUGGUUACGCUGGGUCAUCCUAGUAUCUCUAGUGAUGUCAAUUACCUUUAUUUUCGAGCAAACGAAGAGCAGCCCUUUUCAUCCCAUUGAUACUUUUAUUGAAAAUGCAAAAGGUACUCACGAUCGGUGGAUAACGAAAGCCAGCAGCAGCAAAAGCUUGAAGGACGCCGUGCUCGAGUACCAGAGGCGCUAUCACCAGGCUCCGCCUCCUGGUUUUGACGUAUGGUAUGAGUACGCCACCAAUAGGUCGUCAGUAAUUAUUGAUGACUACGAUCAGAUUUACGAAGACUUGCUUCCAUUUCGCAGUAUCUCCCCCAAAAGGCUUAGAGAUCUCGUAUCACUGAUGGUCAAUGAUCAUUGGAAUGAGGUAUCGUCAGUUGUUGUUCGAAAUGGAAAGGCCGAACCACAAGCAGAUAUUCGACCUACUCAUCGGUGGAUGGUUGAAGGUAUCUCUAGGAUGAUUGACCCAUAUUCAAAAUAUCUUCCCGACAUGGACAUCGCGUUCAAUUUAAAUGAUGAAUGCCGGGUCGCCGUUCCCUGGGAAACACUGGAAAGCAUCACAAAUACUGGGAACACCAAAUCGCCACUAGGUGCAGAAGUGUCUAAUUCUUGGUCUGAUCAUCGGGCAAAGUCGUGGAGUUAUAGUGCUGGUGAUCCUAAGUCACAUCGCAUGUUUGUUGACCAUUCUUUUAAAAAGGUUUAUGAUUCUUUUGGCCGGACCCUUUGUUCGCCCGAAUCGAAAGCCCGUACUACGAUUGUCUGGAAUAAGCAGGUCCUCUGUACCGCAUGUACUGAACCACACUCCCUUGGCCAAUUUAUCCGUGAUUGGAAAUUAUCGGCCGAUAUCUGCCACCAGCCUGAUCUAUCAUUUUUGCAUGGAUUCUUUUUGUCGCCAGCGUCUUUCAAAGUUUCGCAAGAGCUUCUACCUGUAUUCAGCCAAAGCAAGGUUUCCGGCUUCAACGACAUUCUUUAUCCAAGCUCUUGGAACUAUAUCGACAAGGUGAAAUACGAACCCUCUAACGAGCAUCCUGAUCCUCCAUAUUCUGAGAAGCAACCGGCUGCUUUCUGGCGAGGGACAACUUCGGAGGGCCGCAGCAACUAUGGAACUUGGAAAGGUAUGGUUCGUCAGCGCCUAAUCCACCUUGCCAACAACCACACCUCCAAUACUGUUUCAGUCCUUCUUCCAACGGCAAAGAAAGAUGCGUUUUCCUAUCAAACAUUUGCUGGUUCUGAAAUAUUUCAGUCUCUGGGUCUCAACACUUCUAUAUUUAUUGCGGAAUCUGUUGCUCGCUGUGCGGGAGAAGACUGUGAAGACCAAACUCGUGAAUUUGGAACUGUGCCUCGCACUGACUUCCAGGAUCACUGGAAGUAUCGCUUUCUUUUCGAUAUGGAUGGUGCUGGGUUCAGUGGGCGCUUUUUACCAUUUCUCAAAAGUAAUAGCCUUCCCUUCCGCACGUCAUUAUUCCGCCAAUGGCUCGACUCACGCCUCACACCAUGGCUGCAUUUCGUUCCCCAAGACUUACGAUUACACGAUUUUUUCAGCACUCUGGCUUAUUUUGCAGGGGCAAAAGAACUUGACAACAACGGCAACAUGAAAAGAGCGAUUAUGGAGCCCCACACUACUGCUGGAGAGUGGAUUGCUGGAGAGGGGCAAAAGUGGGCAAACACAGCCAUCAGAAAGGAAGACAUGGAGAUAUAUAUGUUCCGCUUGCUGUUAGAAUGGGGGAGAUUAACUGACGACAGGAGGGAUGAGUUAGGAUUUUUGGUAUAA